ACCAGGCAAAUUCGCCGGAUAGAGCAGUUCAAUCGAAACACAAUUCGAACAGGUUAAGCAAGCGCGAAAACGCAAGACAAACGCCAAGCAAUCAUGCAGUCGAAAGUGUUGUGCCUCCUUUUCGUUACCCUCGUCGCCAGCAGUGUCACAGCUGGAAUUGUUAACCCUAACAACGUGGGAAAAGCUGUGGGAAAAGCUGUGGAAAAAGUUGUGAAAGGGGAUCAAAACCAAACCGGCACAGUAUCCCGUAUUUCGAUUCCAUCGGUUGCAAGCCAGGAUCUAGAUGUUGCAAGGGCCGUUGAAGCAGCCGAAAAGUUGCUUGGAACCCUUUUGGGCGGCGUAGGAAAUCUUGUUGAAGUCCUCACGAAUCUAGUAACAGCAGCGUUGAAAGGUGUACAGCCUCUCGCUGACAUAAUUAACAUAAUAACCCAAAUUCUGAAGGCGUUCAGCGAAGUAGCAGCAGGAAACCCAUUGGAUGUUGGAGUCCGUAUCCUUCAAAAUGGUCUACAGCUCGCUAAUAACGUCCUCGGCGCUACGAUAAACAUGAUUUAAACAGUCAAUUUUUGACGUAAUAUUUAACGAAAUAUCCAUUUCGUUGACAAUCAUGUAUUAGUUGAGAAAUAUACUAUACAAGUGCACUGAAAA